GCAGUACAGGGGGUGUACAAGGAGAGGUUAGAUGACGACAUGAUCGUCGAAAAAAUCGACUGUUUCCCCAAAGAGCGCUACUGCCCGGCUUUGGUAAUUUACCCAAGUGGGAUGGAAAACCCGGUCAACGCCUUGAACGCGAAAAUCGUGGAGACUGCGAAAUUAUCUCUCCACGCGAGUUACACGGAAAGCCAGCUGUCGUCUCUCUGCUCCCCCGGGUUCGAGUAUACAGGAUUGGGCAUGGCGAAUAAGUUGAAGUGCGAGGAGAAGGAUGAACAAGAGGGCGCUUGGACGGUCACUGGAGUUGCAACUGCUGGCGCAAGUUCAUCUGCCAUCGAAUUCGCCAGAUCGACCGUUGUUUGCACUAGGAAGCAGUCGAGCAAGCAGCCGUCGAUUCCGAACGCGAAGAUCAGACUUCCGAAUGCUUUUCUACCCCACCUUCCCAUGGAAAUGCUUCCUGGAGCAAGUGCAAGCGGCUUGGAGAAGCUCGCGAAUAUGCUUCCAGCCUGGAAAUACGGCGACAGGCGGGAGUUCAGCUGUGAUUUGGGGUACAAGACGAAGUGGGACCAGAGUCAGGCCUUCAACAUCGUCUACGAUUUAGCGCAGGACGGGGAGUUAGAUUACUUCGUGACAAAAGCGGACAGUGCUGCUACAGCACCAACAAGCACGAGUCCUGGAGGAGCCACAACGUUCUCAAAGCCAGCUUCUACCGCCAGCACCAUCUUGGAACGGUUCGACGAAUCGAAAAGCAAUGACUACUGUGUGAAACUUAUCAACUACUGUCCGCCCAUGCAGCAAACCGAGGAUUUGACACCAAGAGUCGUUCCUAACAGUGCAACAAUCUUAGUGUCCGACGCGGUCGAGGGGAUAAACGCGGCUGGUGCUCCGAGUAAAAGGGUGCUAGGGGAUAAAGCGGAGUUGCAGUGCGCGAAACCGUACGCGUUUGAGAUUGUCGAAGCGAAGAUGUCGAAGAAACAAGUGCUGCAGCUG